UGAGUUUAUUAUAGGCCUAUUGAGGUACUUUCACUGCUAAAGUAAAAACACAAUGUAGUGUAAUAAUUCUGGUAAUAUUUCAAAACUUUUUAAUUGGGAAAAGUUUUAUAACAUGCCUAUCUAUUUGGUGAUCAUGUUACAUUAUGCACUAAUUUGAGGAAAUCCAAUGUAAAGACCAAGGGCUAUGGGUGUGGUACAGACAGCCAGGUGAUGUAUUUGGGCAGGGCAGACCAGCACAGCACGUGAUCAAUAGCAAUAGCCAUACUAUAUUGAAAACACGGCCAUCUUUGCCCUCGACUUGGAUUUUUCCUCCUGGAGAAACAUUUGCUCAGCCCUGCAAUAUUUCCCGAGGUCACUGCAGCCACACAGACGCUUCGGGGAGGAGGGUGCGCGCACACGCCCUGAAUGAGGAAGACUGCAUUAGUAUAGUAAGCUAAUUGAGAACAACAUGUGACAGUCACUAUUGCAAUGCCGUUUCUGAUGACACCGAGAAGUGUGUGCAUAACCGAUAACUACAACCGUGGCAAACAAACGAUCGCCUUCGCGUCAGCGCUAUAAACCGAAGCUCUAAACAUGACAGGAACGCAAACCGUUUGUUAUGCAUGAGGACCUGGAAAACGGCACAUUAUAUUUUCUUUGAACGUGUCUAGUAUGUACGGACGAAUGUAUCAAUCCAUGGCCUGCGGGGUACAGAAGAAGAAUCGCUAAGUAUUUAGCUACAUUGUAGCAGUAGGUUAUGAUGUCAGGGCUUGAAACAGCGCAUGGGGUUUAUGAUCGAUUUAACUUCAGAAAACCCACCUUGCGUGCUUUUCCCCUAUCCAUAGCCUAAUAAGAAAUGCUCAAUUAAACCAGCUGCAACACUUGAGGCUUGCAGAUUUGUGGUAAAUAUCGUAUAUCCUAAACAGUAGCAUAUUGACUUUGAGAUGUCAUUUAACAGCCCACCAACGUCGGAUAGUUGUAUGCCUAUGCUUAAAAUGCACGUAUUUCUUAGCUGGGCACAAACCUCGGAUGUCAUGUAGCCUAGUAGACACAUUUACCAAAAUGCUACCAGGUUCUAUUCAAAUAACGGGAGAGACACUGUCGGGAGCUGAGAUCAAGGAUAUUUGUGACAGCCUGAAAGAGAACAGUGUGAGGCUUCUGUCAAUCAGGGGAUGUCAGCUUUCGGACCGAGACUUUGGACGGGUGUGUCGUGGUGUGGCGGAGUCCCACUCACUAGCGCAACUCAACAUGAACCUCGGUGUGGUCUCCACCAUCAACCGAACCAAGCAUCUCGCAGAUGCACUCAAGACAAACAGAUCGAUCCAGACCCUUUUUCUCCAUGGAAGCCCCCUCCUAGAUGCAGGAUUGGUCACCCUCAACACUGCAUUGUCCACUCACCCUUCACUGGUGUCUCUGGACCUGGGGGACUGUAUGCUGGGGGAUGAGGCACUGCGGCUUAUCUGUGCCAUGCUGCCUCCGGAUGGGGCCAAGUCAGGGCUUAGAGAGCUGACUCUUAGUGCGAACCCCAGCAUCACAACCAAGGGAUGGGCCCGCCUGGCCAUCGCUGUGGCCCACAGCUCCCAGCUCCGAGUCCUCAACUUGGACUACAACCCCCUGGGGGACCAGAUUGCAGGUAUGCUAGCAGUGGCUGUGGCGUCCAGCAGAACUCUGGAGGUGUUGGAUCUGGAGGGAACAGGACUCUCAAAUCAGUCAGCACAGGUCUUCCUCGAAAUGGUGGAGAACUACCCCACCUGUCUGCGCAUGCUGGUCCUGGCUGAGAACGCCAUCAGCCCCGAGCUGCAGCAGCAGAUUUCCGACCUGCUCUCCGAGGGAGAGGAGGACGAUGACAAGGAGGGCGAGGCACGAGGCAGCGCUGCCAUCCCCACCAGGAGAACGGCUUGGAUCCCCCACAGCAACUCCCACCCCCAGAUGGUCCUGCUGACGUCAGGUCUAGGUGAGAGCCUACUGGCUGAGACUGAGAUGUGAUUCCACAGCCUUCCUACCUGCUUUUUUUUACCUCUUUCUUUCUGCUAGUAUGUACGCAAUAGAGUUGCAGCAUCACCUGGUAGUGUGCAAUCAUUCACACUUUUUGCAUGACCUGUAGCAACAGAAUACGUUUUGGAGCAGGCACAAAAUCCUUAACACACACACACACACCAAGUGUCUUAUAGGGAAUUAUUUAUUUGAAUUAUGUACAGUCUAUUUACAGUUCCUAUUUAAAGGUGUAUGUAAGCAAUGAAAGUCUGUUGAUAGAUCGACUAGAUAGGAUUGUUGUGAUGGUCUGAUGUGAUGUCAGAAUAAAUCUGUUUACAUCUUCUUAAAGACA